AGGAAGAAAUAAGGUGCGCAGUUCGUUAUCAUUUGGACAUACAUCCGUAACGAUAUCUAAAAACAGGAAAAUUGUUUCUUAAUAUUGGUUUUGGAAUUAAAUAACAAAGUUGUUGAACCUUCAUUUAAUCCAUCUGGAUUCACAAGAUAAGCAAAAUAGCAAAAGUUCAAGAAAUCUGAUUGUAUAUAAAGGUAAUUAGAACAACGAAAGGUUCAUUCAGUACACAGACAGCAUUAAAGCAACAGCACAAAAGGAUAGGAAACUGCAAACUGCUCUCAUCAACAUCCCACAGGAUAAAGAUUCAGGAAAACUGUCUUAGAUCAAAAUGUAUCUUGCAAUUGCUAUACAACUCAGCAUUAUCUGUAUCAUCCAAGCAGCUGCUCAAGGUGAUACCCAAGUUUGUAGUGGCUGUUGUACUGCUCCUGCAGGGAUUCCUGGAAUUCCAGGCAGCCAUGGUAAUCCUGGUGGUCCUGGUCCAAUAGGCAUGAAAGGACAUGUUGGGGAAAAAGGAGAGAAGGGAAACCAAGGAUCAGAUGGAAGAGAUGGGCUUCCAGGUAAAAUAGGACCAAUCGGUUUACCAGGUGCUACUGGUGAGAAAGGAGGAAAAGGAGAGAAAGGUGAACAAGCUACCACAAACAGCCAGCCCAAAUCUGCCUUCUCAGUUGGAUAUAAUGUAAACCCAGGCCGCCAUCCAGUUAGUCCUAUGAAAUACCCGUUAGUAAUUACCAACUUUGGGAAUAACUACAAUAAAGAAACAGGCAAGUUUGUCUGUCGACAUCCAGGCAUCUAUGUCUUUCAGUUUACAUCAGGCUCAGAUAGCAGUAAUACCAACAUGAUAACAAGCAUCAAGAAGAAUGGGCAACACAUUGUCUCAGCAUAUGAGUUUGGUUCAGGCCACAAAUCAGCCAGCAACAUGGUAGUUCUUGAUUUAGUAGCAAAUGAUGAAGUGUGGACUGAGCCGUUCGGUACCAGCUAUAACUACUACUUCAGUAAUUCCAACAUAUACUGUUCUUUUUCAGGCUUCCUGCUUUAUGCAUCUGCAUAA